ACAGAGCACUACGAAGGUCAUGCGCAUGCGUAUAAUUCGAAGCCACCUUAUGCGCUUGCGCUUUCCCUGUAACCCCGUCAUGCACUUUAACCUUGGAUUUCAAACGGGAGAGGGGAUUUCAACAAAAAACAUGCCUCUCCACUUGGUGACAGAUGAAUCUUUUCUUCCAAAACAUCUGACGCUUGCAGAAGCAAAUAAGUUAAACCUGGAUGACUGUUGCACAGACAUGUAUGUUAAGGGUCUUAUUUUGGAAAAAUGGCCAAUGCAUUUGCUGGCAAAUGGUGAAAAGAUUGUCAAAGCUGUUAUACAAGAUCAGGCAACGCCUGAGCAUAUGCCAAUCAAUGUAUUUUGCUUUGGAACACUAGCACAGGAAUUUUCAGACUCUGUGGAGAAAAAGGAUUUACUUUUUCUAACUGGAUUUGCUUUGGUUAAAUCGCCAACAGUAAAGUAUGACAAAAGGCACAUCUGCCAUCUUGAACUCUUUGAAGAAAAAGGUUCUACUGUGUUUGUUUGUAAGCAUGCUACAGCAGCAGUUCAUGAAGAUGUGACUAUGAAUUCUAUGAAGAAAGGAGAAAACCACACAGUUGAGAAAAAUGUAAAAUACACAUAUUCUAAGAUUAAUCAGCUUAAACCUGGAAUGCUUGCAAAUGUUUAUGGAGUUGUCACAUUUUUUAAACACCCAUUUCUUAGUAAAGGCACUGAUUAUUGCUCAACAUUAACAAUCACAGAUCAGACUGGGGGAAAACUAUCAUGCAACAUGUUUAAUGAAAAGCAAGAUGCUUUGCCUCAGAUCUACAAAACUGGUGACAUUGUUCGUUUUCAUAGAAUAAAGAUACAGCAAUUCCAAGGAGAUCUGAGAGGGAUAACAAAUGUGGGAUUUUCAGCACUGACGUUUGAUGGUCGAAUGGGUAGCCCAGUAAGUCCACGGACAUCAAGCAAGUCAUACCACUUUUCAGAUGAGGACAGAAGAAUUGUUGAACAGUUGCGUCAGUGGACCAUGGAACAGUCUCCCAUCUUAGAGCCAGCACUUAAACUCUCAGAGGUUCAACCACAGCAGUUUUUUGACUUAAUAUGCCAGCUUGUUGCCAAAGCAGAAAUGGACAGGUCCUCCACAUUGUUAAAGGUAUGGGAUGGAACUAAGUGCUUGUAUCCAAUUCAUAAAGUGCAGGUUGAUGGUGAGGUUCUUGAAGGAAAUCCUGCUCUCAUCUUUGAACUUCAAAAUAUUUCUGUUGACAUUAUGGCAUAUGAUAACCAUACUGAGGUAGCUAAGUGCUUAAAGCCAGGAGCUUAUGUUAGAAUCUAUAAUCUUCAUGCAAAAUUGCAAGCAUCCACUGAGAGUGAUUCACAGUCCAGCAAGUGUAUUGAAUUUUAUCUUCAUGGAGGAACAUCUUAUGGCAGAGGUAUUAAAAUUCUUCCUGAAGAUUGCUAUGAUGUUAAAGAGCUAAAGAAGGUUCUUGAGUCUGCAGAGCUCAGCAGCAAUUAUUUAAGUGACUCUACUUUGUUAGGUAUUUCGUCUCCUUUGAAUGAAUUAGCAGACAAUAAAGAAAAAAUAUAUACUCGGUUAGAGCGGUGUCAGGAGGAGUCUGUAACAGUGCUGACAUCUCACCAACAUAUGGAAAAAGCACCUCUUAUAAAUGUUAAGACUUGUAAACCACCACAGAAAUUCUGCAUCAGAGCUAAGGUUGAAUCGUAUGAGCCAAAAAGGUUAUAUCAGUGUGUGAAACUCUACUGUCACACAUGCAAAACAUUGCAAGAAGUUCCUGAUGAGGAUGAUAUUGCACAUGUGCUUCAAGAAGCUUCAAAGAAACCUCUUAAUUCAAAACUUCACAAUAUGUCAUGGUAUAAUACUGUACUUUUUGACAAGAAGAACCAAGAUGUAAAUAAAAUUGCAUUACAUUUCCUUGAUUUUGAGGAUGUAGUUCAAGACCCUGAAAAGACAUUGAUCUUGACUGAACGAGUAACACUGAAUGAAAUUAAUCAACUUUCAAGAAAAUUUGGGUACAUCAUUUUAGUUACUUCCACUGAAGAAAAGUUAACUUUAUUAGACCUGUCUGCACCAUUUCUCAUUCAAGGGCAACUCAGACAUUAUGGAUGUAAGCAUUGUUCGGUUGUUCAAGAUAUUAACUGUUUACAGCAGUUAACAACACAUCAGUCAUGGAGCGCGUCAACCAUAUCCCAAAUUUUAGGUAUCCAUUUACUUCAUUAUGUUUUCAUGAUAAAGUUAACGUUGAAGGAUGGGACUGCUUCAGUUGAUGCAAUGCUGUGGGAAGAAGCUGAAAAGUUCUUCAAAUUCAGUGCCGCGGAAGUCAUUGCAAGUGAGGUACUUCAAGAACAAUUAGAAUUGACAAUGAAUAUGCUGUGCCCAAAGGAAAAAAAUCCAGAUAAACAUCCAUGGUUUGAGUGCUGCAUCAAGUCAUAUUCCUCUGAAGAUCAAAUAGUUUCCUAUCAAAUAUUUGACACUGUUUUGGCUGAAAAGAUUUAACCACAGCAUCAUUAGUUUUACUGGCAUCAGAUUACUUUACGUAUUGUGUCCGUGUAGUAAAAGAUGUUCUGUUCUAAUAGUUUUAUUUGGAGUAUGUACAUAAGCAAAUGUGUUGAUACAAAUGUUCAUUGUUUUUUGACCUUUUUAGAUAUCAUCAAUAAUAAAUAUAACUUGUAUUUUCAAUAAAGAGAACCAUUUAUAUUCUU